ACGGCAGUCAGAGAGAGAGAGAGAGAGCAGACGACGCCUAUCUAUUAGAAGAAAGAGAGAGAAGAAGCAUAUAGCUCAUCCCUUUCCUUCUUUCUUUCUUUCUUUCUUUGUUUCUCUCCCAUUUUCUGGGUGGGCUUUUGGUUUCUGCAAGCAAAGAGAUCAUCAUCUGUUCAUCACAAGGGCUAGGCUUAUCGGAUAAUAUUAUUAUUUGUUUAAUAUCAUAAAAUUAAAAAGAUAUAUUAAUACUAGUAGUAUAUAUUAUGGGGAGGGGAAGGGUGCAGCUGAAGAGGAUUGAAAACAAGAUCAACAGGCAGGUAACCUUCUCAAAGAGAAGGUCUGGGUUGCUGAAGAAAGCCCAAGAGAUUUCUGUGCUUUGUGAUGCUGAGGUUGCUUUGAUUGUCUUCUCCACCAAAGGCAAGCUCUUUGAGUACUCCACUGACUCCUGCAUGGAAAGGAUCCUGGAAAGGUACGAAAGGUACUCAUAUUCAGAGAAGCAGCUUCUUGCAAAUGAUAAUGAAUCAACUGGAAGCUGGACUCUGGAACAUGCAAAGCUCAAGGCUAGGGUGGAGGUUUUACAAAGAAAUCACAGUCAUUUUAUGGGAGAAGAUCUCCAAUCUUUAAGUCUGAAAGAGCUUCAGAAUUUGGAGCAACAGCUUGAUUCUGCACUGAAGCACAUAAGGUCAAGAAAGAACCAGGUUAUGUACGAAUCGAUUUCCGAGCUGCAAAAGAAGGAUAAGGCAUUGCAGGAGCAAAACAACUUGCUGGCAAAGAAGGUAAAGGAGAAGGAGAAAGCACUAGCUCCCCAGGCACAGUCAUGGGAGCAGCAAGUGCAGAACCAGGGCUUGGACUGCUCCUCCACCCUUCUACCAGAGGCAUUGCAGUCCUUGAAUUUCGGCAGCGGUUCAAAUUACCAGGGAAUUAGAAGUGAUGGAUUCGGUGGAGAUCAUGAGGAUGAAAAUGAGACCCCAACAGCAAAUCGACCUAAUACUCUCCUGCCCCCAUGGAUGCUCCGCCACCUUAAUGAAUAGAAGAAUUCAUGAUAUCCAAACUAUUACAAGUUUAUGACCAAGUACACAUAAUUUAUAUAUAUAAUUAAUGUCUAUAUACAUGUAUUAUAUAUGUAUGUAUGCAUGUAUACCUACGUAGAAAUUAAUUUAUAAUGUGGACUAUGAUGGAAGGAAGAGCCUCUAGAUAGCUCAAAAUUUGUGGUAUAUGUUGGGGGCGGGCUAGCUUAAAUUAACUACUACCACCUCUUGUAUUUAUUUAGUAUACUAUAAUUUGCAUUGAAGGUGGACGAUGGACUAUAUUUUCAAAUUAACUUGGGAA